CCUUCAGCGGAAAUUCCCAACAAUGUCAGCUGUAGCUGGGAAAUCCCUCGGUCAAUUAUUUGCAAAUAACAGACACAUUGCGCAAAAUAAUGUGAAACGCAUCGCAAGGAAAGUGUCAAAUGAUGCUAUCAGGCGAGGUAUUGUGGGAAUGGUUGGCAGGACGCCACUGGUAAGGAUCAACAAAAUCAGUGAUGAAACAGGUUGUGAAAUUCUUGCCAAGGCAGAGUUCUGUAAUGGUGGAGGAUCUGUGAAAGACAGGGCAGCUUACUUCCUCAUCAAAGAUGCACAAGAGAAAGGUCAGUUAAGGCCAGGUGGAACAGUAGUUGAGGGGACAGCAGGUAAUACCGGUAUAGGACUUGCUCACAUGUGCCUGGCGUUGGGAUACAAGUGUGUCAUCUAUAUGCCAAAUAAUCAGUCGAAGGAGAAAAUUGACAUGCUUAAGACCCUAGGAGCUGAUGUAAGGCCUUGCCCUGUAAAACCAUUCACAGAUGACAUGAAUUAUAACCACCAGGCAAGAAGAUAUGCAGAGACUUUGGAGAACGCAGUUUGGACAAAUCAGUUUGAUAAUACAGCCAACCGACGUGCACAUAUAGAAACUACAGGACCUGAAAUAUGGCAAGAUACAAAUGGUAAAGUGAAUGCUGUAGUGUUUGGUACUGGGACUGGAGGAACCCUAGCAGGUACAGGUAUCUACCUGAAAGACAAAAACCCAAACAUUCAGGUUGUCUGUGCUGAUCCACAGGGAAGUGUUUUAUACAACUGGUUUAAGAAAGGUCAGCUAGAGCGCACAGAUGGCAGCUCCAUUACAGAGGGGAUAGGUCAAGGUCGUGUCACAGAAAAUAUGAAAGGAGCACCAGUAGAUGAUGCAAUGUGUAUACUGGACAAAGAUGCUGUAGAAAUGACAUUUCGUCUGUUGGAUGAAGAAGGUUUUUUUGUUGGUGCAUCAUCAGGUUUGAACAUAUCUGCCGCUUACCAGCUGGCCAAGCAAAUGGGACCAGGACAUACUAUAGCAACAUGUCUCUGUGAUACUGGACAGAGAUACUAUGCAAAGUUAUUCAGCAAACAAGUAUUGAAAGAAAAAGGUUUGUUAGAUGACUUGUCUGAAAGAUAUUGGAAGUAUCUACAUUGACAGUGGACAUUUCCUGGCAGCAAAUAAAAAUUUUGAUUGCAGUUGUGAUAAUUUUUUAUCAUUUGUAACAGUUUAAUUACUGCUACCGUAGAUUGGGUAAUUUUCACAGGGGCUUUUUUUUAAUUAGUGAUUACAUGGUAAGCAAUUAAUGAUUGUGUUUUAGAACAUGAUGCAGAUUGAUAUACAUGCGUACGUUUUGAAUUCGUAAGUUGCAUUAUUUGUUACUAUUUGUGAAAAUCAAAUCUUUGUGAAUAUCACCGAAUCUACAGUAUUCAUGCGUAUCCCUAUGUUGAAUCAUAAAUAUUGGAUCUAAACAGUUUGAUAUAAGGGAAAUAUGCAAUAUUUGAAAAUAUAAUACAUUAAAGAGAGCUUAUUUAAAUAAAAUGUCUGGAAAACAAAUUAUGAAAAUCUGACUAACAAAAACAUAUUAAUAGCCGUCUGAAUAUUAUUCCUGUAAUGAAAUGGCAGUCAGUAGGAGCACAGAGUUUCAUUUAAAUGUGCUUGUUUUAAUGUUUCUCCAAGUUCUUUCUAAAAAGAAUAUUUUAAAUGAUGCAUAUUUCCGAUUUAAGGACCAAUUAUAACCACGAACUAUUAAUAAAAUACAAUAGAAUUUAAUGGAUCAUAACAGGGACAGCUUCUUGUACUUGAAAUGACUCUUUGAUGAUGAACUUUCCCAGCUUCUUGUUAUCAAACCAUUUACUUUUUAAAAUUUUACUCUGCGUUCAAGCUUGUUCAAUGGAAAAUGACCAUUCUAGGCAAUCCGUAACAUACUGGUUGGAAACCCAUGACCAGUUUCUGGACAAGUGAAAUGAAAUGCUUUAUUUUGGUUAUUUGAUUUUCGUGUCCACAAGGAAACAUUUUUUCACAAAAGUAUUUACAUAUAAUUUUCAAAUGAUAUAUCACCAGCCCUGUGUUUACAAAAUAAUCUUCCAUGUAGUAUUGGGACAUGUAGAGUAGACAGCAUUGUACAUAUGUAUAUGUACAACAGUACAUAUGUAUAUGUACAACAAUUUUAAGCUGUUUAGGUUCCAAGUUUAGUAAAAUCUUAGAUUAAAGGUUAUAAGUUAGAGAAUCAUAAAAAUACUUUUUUUCUUCUCCAGAAUAACUGUAAGUUAUUUUAGAAAUAUUUGUCUGGACACUUAGAGUACCCUAUGGAGAAAUUCACCACUUUUAAUGACCCAGUUAAAACUGUUGGGAAAACUAAAUUUUACCUCAAUAGCUCUUCUGUUGUAAUAGGAGCUGAAGUUAAUGGGGUGUAAAAUUCAAUUUUGUCCAGUGAUGUCUGAGGAAAUAUUGAAUGAAGAACAGAAUUUUGUCUGGAAACUGGUUCCAAACCAGUACUUCUAGAUAAUUUAAUUUCUGUUGGUGUAAGAUUUCUUGGUUUCAGCCAAAUUCCCUGUUUCCAGGGUUGACAUGAAUUUGUGGAUUUUAAAGGAGAAAUAGUUGAAAAUUGAUAUGUUUGUUUAAUAUGCCCCCUUCAAGGGAGAGUGGUAUAUUGUUUUGCUAAAUGUCAGUCUGUCAGUUAGUGUGUCAGUAGAGUGGUUUCUGAUCAAUAACUAAAGAACACUGGUGGAUGAUUGUCUGUGGUCAGUAGAUGACCCCUGUGUUUUCUGGGGGUCAGUAGGUCAAGGUCACUGACUUUUAAACUCAAAUGUUGUUGUCAGAAUAAACUAUAGAAAGUUGUCUGGAAAAUGACCAAUUAGAUAUAGAACAGUUAGUCGGAAAGAACCAUCUGAGCCGCGCCAUGAGAAAACCAACAUAGUGCGUUUGCGACCAGCAUGGAUACAGACCAGACUGGUUGCAGACGCUUUUUGUUGGUUUUCUCAUGGUGCAGCUCAUAUAAAGGUUUACUAGAGGGUAUAUAUCAUCAGAUCAAAGUCAAUUAGCUGGAACUAUGUAAAACCUUUUCAUAUCAUAUAUAUACUGCCAAGUUAUACUUUUGGAAUGACAUUUUAAUGUUUAUAGAGAUAUCAAAAUACAUAUUCCUUUAUUACUUGUUAGCGAUAUUAUAAUUAUGGUUUUGAUGAAUUUAUACUGAUUUGGUUUAAUUUAAAUUAUUAUAAACAGAAUUCUACAGAUAUAAUUUUAUGUUAUGAUUAUAAUGAAGUGAUAUAUGGUUUAGAUCAUAAUAAAAUUGUAAAAUUUC